AUGCACCCGGACAAUAAACUGGCCAAUCAUGGCAAGCAGGUCACCAGUGACAACCAAUCCCGAAUACCCAGUGUAAACCAGCAGGCCCAGCAGCAGCAGGGAGCCGCGGGCCACUUGGGUCCAAAGGGCGUUGGUGCCGGGAGCCAUGGAGUCAAAACCAACCAGAUAUCCCCCGGCAACCCUGGGCUGAAAGCAGUCAGCCAAUCAGUAAGCAGCGUCGGAGGGAUGUUGAAAACCAAAUCCAAGCGGGAGCGGAGUGUCUCCAUGGACUCUGGUGAUUCCCGAAGUGCAGUUCCUCCAGCCCUUGAGACGGAUGCCAAAGGAGAGGGUGUGAUGCGCAGUAAGCGGCGCUGUGUUCUGGAGAAGAAGCAGCCAUAUAGUGGAGAUGAAUGGUGCUCUGGCCCCGACACAGAAGAAGAUGAAGACAAGCCACACACUGCGACCCACCGAGAGCGUGGACUGGCAGGUCCUGUUCCAGGGCUUCCUGACCGCCUAUCCGCAGGGCCCGUAGCUGAAGCUGCACGGCCUGUCAUGGGAUGUGGAGUGGGACCCGGGCUGAAGACAGAGCAGCCUCAACCUUCGCAGCAAGUGGUGUAUGUUUUCACAACAAACCUAGCCAACAGUGCUGCAGAGGCAGUAUUCAAAGGACAGAGCGAUUCCAUCCUUCUGUUUCACCAGCAAAAUGUUUCACGCACCAAGUUGGAGCAGGGCCACCCAUCAGGGACGCUUCCUAACCUAUCUGAGAAGGUGCACUCCAGCAGCUCUCCACCCACAGGCACCCCUAAAUCCCAAGGUGGAACUCCACGGCCAGCCUCCGCAGGGAUUGGAGGCCCAAUGCAUCCUGCAGGGACACCGACAUCAGCAGGUCACUCCGACAAUGAAUCUUCUCAAACCAGACCUGGCGAAGGCUCAGGCAAUAACAGCAUUGUUGUCCAAAGGUCAGAGGGCGGGGUCACAGCCACACCCUCAGGCCCAGUCCCAGGAACCGGCAAUGGGGAGGGUGCAGGGGGUAUGUCUCUUCCACUUGCUACUGUUUCCCCCUCCGGAAGUCCCUCCAUCCUUUCUGCACACCUACUGGGAGAUAUAGGCCAGAGGAUUGGCCCAGUGAACAUGGAUGGUCUUUCAAAAGAACAGCUGGAACACAGGGAGCGCUCUUUGCAGACGCUGAGAGACAUAGAGAGGCUGCUUCUGCGCAGUGGGGCAAGUGGAUGCCCCGGAGACCCAGGAGGCCCAGGAGGCCCAGGAGGCCCCAACAACAAUACUGGUAAUAACUCUUCCAACCUAAAUAAUAACAACAAUACUGAUAGGAGUGGUAUUCUCGACGGCCGUGACAGUGGUACUAAUAGUUCUGGAAACUGCAGUAGUGGUAAUAUGCUAGCAUCAGCUUUGGGUCCGAUGGGAGGGAUGAAGAAAUAUGAAGAACCCCUCCAGUCCAUCAUUUCCCAAACACAGACCCUUGCUGGACCAAUCCUUGACAGCCCUCAAAUGGACUCUCAUCACAACCUACAGCAACACCCCCAUCACCAGCUGUCUUCACCUGGGCUCGACAUGGGUCCCUUACUCGGACCAGAUGGGCUGACCCCAGAGCAAAUAGCGUGGAGGAAACUUCAAGAAGAAUACUACCAUGAGAAGAGACGUCAACAGGAAGUACAACCCCCUACACAUCCACAGCACUUUAGAAUGGUGAAUGAGAUCGGCAUGCAUGGAGGUCCCGUGAUGAUGAGAGGACCCCCUCCUCCCUACCACAGCAAGCCUGGAGACCAGCAGUGGGGUCCUGGCAACAUGAUGGGAGGAGGAAAUGCACGAAUGAUAGACAUGCACCAAGAAGGACCCCGUGGUCCAAGGUUCCUGGGACAGAUGCAGAGAGGGCCCCCUGGGGGAGGUGGUUUUCCUGGUAGUAAAGGGGGAGUUUUGUCAGUAGAAGGUCUAGGACCUCAAAGGCCCACUAGGCCAGGGAUGAUUUGGCUCGAAGAUAUGCCCAACAACAUAGGUGGUGGAGGAGGUCCAUUUCAGGGCUGCUACCCUGGGGGGCCUCCUCAACACUUGCAAGGUGACACAGAACAUCUGUUAACGCACGAGGAAAUGUUUCGCCUGAUGGAGAAACGUCAGAUGCAGGGGCUUCCCAGGUUUGAACUUGAAAGAUUAAUCAAACAGCAGCAACAGGGCACCCUGGCCCAAAGAUUAAUGGAUAAUCCUGGGGGCCCAGAAUUUCACAAUUUGGGAAUGGGCCGGGGUCCCCCCUCAUCUCGAGGUGAUCCCAUGGACUUUCCUGGAUCACGGGAGAUUAUGGUCUCUCCUGGAGGGGGUCCGCAGAUGAGAGACCUUGUGGAUUCUCCUCUGGGGGGCAACCACCCAAUGAACAUGAACCAACAGAUGAAUGUUCAGCAGCAACAGCAGAUGAUGCUCUCUCAGAAGCUCAGAGGGGGUCCUGCAGGUCGGGGGCCUUUAAGUGAGAUGUUCAUCCCCGGAGAGCUUUCACGAAUCAGGGCUUCACAGAACGGAAGAGGGGGAAAUAAGGGAAUGAUUCCAGGACCUGACGGCCACUUUCAGUUUCCGAAUCACAGUCCCUUCUCCGGAGGUCAUGGGGAUGGGCCUUAUCUUCAACAACCUGGCCAUGAGAUGUUUGGGCCUGACCCGCAAGGUCAUAAUCAAAUGGGAGGUACAUCGCGGCUAAGUCAUAUGCCCAUGAGUGGAGGCCUCAGGGGGGUAGACCUCGGUCCUAGGCACCCUUCUGACCUAUCAAUCAAUGUUAACCCCCUGACCUCUCCUUCAGUGCCUCGUCCUCAUCAGCUCAAGUCUCCAUCUCUCCACCAAGAGCCAUCUCCUCUCCUACCCUCCCCCUCCGCUCCAGGACUGAAGUCCCCCUCGCAGAUCUCCUCUGUGGGGCAUCAUCCAAAUCUUCCCCCUGCCUCUGGCGCUGGGACUCCUUCCUCUUCUUCCAUGAAGUCUCCCCAGAUAAUGGGGUCUUCCAACCUUGGAUUGCACUCUCCAUCUGCCUCUCCUGGACAUCUCAAAUCCCCUGCUAUGGCUGCGGGCUCUCCAGGGUGGGCUUCCCCUAAAACGGCUCUUCCAAGUCCAGGUGGUCCAACCAGUGGGAAGGUAGUGGGCAAUGGAGGAAGUAGUUCCACUGAGACAGGUCAAUCACUUCCCCCCAGGAGUUCCAACUCGACACCCAUUAGCCAGCCAGGCUCUAUGAAUCCUAGCAUACCAUUUACUUCCUCUCCCGAUAACCCCCCAACUCAGAAUCCUUUAUCUCUUAUCAUGUCUCAGAUGUCCAAGUAUGCCAUGCCCAGUUCUACUCCUCUUUACCACGAUGCAAUCAAAACAAUUUCCACUUCCGAUGAUGAGAUGCUUCCAGAUCGACCUCUUCUAUCUGGUGUCAGCAUUGGAGGAAACAUGGGGAACAGCCAGGCCUCCCAGAUGCUUGUCUCCCAGUGCUCCAUUGGCUCCCACAGUGAUCCACAAAGCCCCAUGGGUAUUGUAAGCCAAGGUCAGCAACACCUGUCCCAUGACGCCACCGGACCUAUGCUUUCUUCACCAAAUCCAAUGGGCAUGCCUGCCAUGAAUUCGGCCAUGAUGGGAGGAGGGGCCCCUGACGGAAUGGGGCCCUGCAAUGUUUCACCUUUAUCUCAGAACCAGAUGGCCGGUUUCUCUCGCAUCCACCAACCACCUCAUGGGCCCAUGCACUCACCCAUCGGAGGAAUGUCACAUCAUUUCCAUCAGUCUAAUGAGGAUAUUCUGUCACCUCAGCAGUUACACCUGCUUAGAAAAGGUCAUCCUCACCAGCGGCCCUCACAUCCCUCUGACUCAUUCGCCUCUUUGCCCAUGGGGGACGGCGCUGACCUAAGUGAUGUUAUGCGAACCAGUCACACGGGUAUCCCUGAGUUUGAUCUCUCCCGCAUAAUUCCUUCUGAUAAGCCCAGUAGCACUCUUCAGUAUUUCCCUAAGAGCGAGCCACAUCAGAAUCCACAUCAGGGGCCACAAGCUACUUCACAGCAGCUCCUAAAACAGCUGUCUUCUGGCCCUCCACAUGGCGGUGGUCAUUCAUCCAACCCCCAUUUAGCCAACCUGCAAAAUAUGAUGGCCGAACAGCAGCUGGCGCCUCACCCCUCACAUGGUGGAAUACGCCAUAACAUGGGUAUUCCUCAUGGUGGAUCUAGAGGGAUGGUUCCUGCGGGUGGCAUGGGCCCCAUGUGCCCUCCUGGACAUAUGAUGGGAAGGACAGGCAUCGGGCCCCAGCAGCAUCUCCAGCAUCAGCAAGCCAUGAUGGCGAACAGCCUUCUCCACCAUCCAUCCAACCCUUACCCUGGCAUGAUGUCGUCCCAGCAGCACUCACACAAUCUGAUGGCACAGCAAAACAUUAUGAUGAUGCAGGCUAAGCAGCGCGGCAUGUCACUUCCAGGGGAUCCCUUUGGCCCCCAGGGUCCUCUUAUGUCCCCUCAGGGUCCCAUGAUGGCCCCAAACCACCCACAGGCUGGUAUGAUGGGCCCCCAGUCUCUCAGACAGCGGGGAAUGUCUCUGGACGGUCCCCUUGGCUAUGGCCCUGGAGGUAUGGCCAAUAUGCCAUUCUGAUCCAGUUCAAAUAAACUGUAUCAAAAUCAACAAAAAAAACAAAAAAAACAACAGCCGUCAACUAGGUCACCUUCCCAUUGUGUCGAAUUAUUUUCAUUAAUGUUAUUCUUGCAGUUAUUUCAAAAAGAGGAUCUGUAAAAACGUUAAAUCAUUUUGGAUUACAAAUUAAAUGAAAUAUUUAAAAUCACUGUAACACGAUUCAACGACAAAUCUGAAGCCAUUUUCUAAAAUACUGUAAAAUAUGUAUAUUUCAAAGAUGUGUGUAUUUGUUGUUGGAACAGAGUGGCUUUCAGGAGAGGAGUGCCUCAAAUUUCUAUUUGUUUUAAUACCAUUGAUUUAUUUUCUCCAACUACCAAACUGUUGUGCAAAGGAACUAUAUAUGUGUAUGCAUAUACAGUAUAUACGGUAUAGAUAUACAGUGUAUACAUGUAUAUACAUAUAAAUAUAUAUAAUAUAUAUAUACUUGCUGUAUAUAAGAUGCAAUUUGUGAUUGUUUGCAGUUGUUCUGUAUAACAGUGUUUUAAUAGAAGUCUAAAAAUAGAAUAAUACUGAUCUAUAUGGUGGUUUUAGUUUCUGUUAUUGUGUCAAUUAUUAAUGCUUUAUACAUUUGACAACAGGACAAGGUUUAUUUAUAAUAUAUGACAUUUUUAUUCAAUGGAAAUAUCAGUAGUAAAAGUUAAAACCGAUUCCGGACAACAAUAACCUUCUUCUUUUUUUUUUACAGAGUAAAAAAAAAACAUUUUUAUUACAAACAAAGUGGGUACUAUAUUGUCAGAACAUGUGAUGAUAUUUUACAUAAUGACAAAUGAAAUUCUGCAGAACAGAAGUUGUUUUAGUAACAGCUGACACAGAGUUGAUUAGAUGAGGAUGUUGCUGCUAGUUAAUCCUCCAUCAGAAAUGGAUGGUCGGCUGUGACCCUGAGCUCUCAUGAAAGGAAGACAAACCCAGCUGCAGCCCAUCUGACACAGUAACUUUAUCAGCUCAUUGCGAAACCGCACCCCAACAAAGGCAUACAAGAACGGGUUCAGGCAACAGUGUAAGAGGCCGAUGCUUUUUGUCACAUCAAGCACCGGCUGAACUAGGUCAUAAGAAGUACAGUUUUCAUACUUGAUAACCUCCAGGUCGCCCAAAGUUGUGAUCAGCAAGGUGAUAUUGUAUGGUAGCCAACAGAAGAAAAAGACGAGCGUGACGAGUAAAGCCAGUCGAAUUGCUCUUUGCUUUGCGUUGCUUUUCUGACUGUUGCACAAAGUAACUGCCACUGCUGUGUAACAAUAGCUCAUGACAGCGAGAGGAAGGAAAAAGCAAACAUGAUCUAACACUCUUUUAGUCAAAACCCAGUUGUUGGCAUGGAUAAGGUGAAGAUGAUGGGAACAAGAGAGUGUGUUUGUGUUGUUUCCCCCCACAGAAAGAAAAGCAGCAUUGGGUAUCGAUAACCCCAAACAGAGCAGCCACAAUGAAAAGCAUGUCAGGUGCACUGUUCUCGGACGUCGACUUUGCAUGCUGGAAAUAGCAUGAACAAUGGCCAAAUAGCGAUCAAAGCCAAUGCAAGCCAGAAGGAAACUCCCACAGUAGAGGUUUAGGUGUUGCACCAGACCCAUCAGCCUGCAGAGAAACUCCCCAAACAGCCAGCCAGCAGCAUUCUCAACUAUAACAAAGGGGAUUGUGAGAAGGAGCAUGAGGUCAGACAGGGCCAGGUGCAGCAGGUAGAUCUCUGUGAUGCGCAGGCGGCGCCAACGUCGCAGGAGGAUGGUUAUCAUCAGGCCAUUUCCUGCUACACCCAGCAGGAAGAUCAGGCUGUACAGCACGGGUUGGAAAACGGCAUGAAACACCCGCAGGCCGAUCCCAUCAUCAUCAUCACAGACCAUGGGCGUGUUGUCGUAAACGUAGUCUGUGUCAUUUUCAGAAUAUUUAUUGUCUCCCAGCUGUCAAAUACAAAGAGGAAAUGCUAUUUUAAUAAUAACUUCACAGGUGGAGAAUCACCUUGUGUGCUGUGGAAUAACGUAACUGCGUUCAUUUGGGUUGGGGUGAAUGAACCGUUACAUAAGCUUUAAUAGCGCUAAUUUGGGUUUUCUUCAUUCCGUGUUUUUAAGUCAAAUGAUUAGGCAGGAAACACAGUAUAGGCCAGGUUUUUUCACUUCCUCUUCAUUGUAAUGCAAUGUUUAAGACAUAAGACAUAUUAUUUGGGACGUAUACUAACAAAUUAAAUGCAAUAACUUGUUCCCUUUAAGUAACAACCAUGUGGGUUAUAUAUCUGGUAAACAAAUCCCAGCUAAUAAAAUUAAAUAAAAGCAAAAACAUAUU